GCUUUGACUAGACUCACGACUCAUCAGACUACAAUGACUCUUUCGGUGCUUCGUUGGCCUAUCGACUUGACUACAUGCACUCACUCGCGACUCCUUCUACCAAGUCGUCAAGAGCACCAGCAUGCACUGAACUACUACCAUGGCUCGAGGCGCUCGAUCGAAGCUCCUCUCUUCCACGCGAGAUAAGGCACACAGACGCAGCUUUGCGCGCUGUGACGCACGCUUGCCUACAAGGUUCACCCGCUCCAGCUUCCUGCCAUCCAUGCAGCACUUGCAUCGAAUCGGGUCACGUGACGACAGCAAGACUGUUCAAGGCCCGGAACUCACUCAUAACUCAAGACUCGAGACUCGAGACGCUGACCUUUGUAGAUUCGUCGUCGAGAUUAGGCCUGACGAAUCGUUUGCCUAUUCUAAAACAUGCUCCAUGCCCGUGCCACGAGCCUUCGAUGCAACCCGUGCCGCCACAAGAAUCACCGCGACCAACAAGCCCGCUUUCGUUGCGACGUGACUUUUGGCUUGGCUCGAAGCCUUUACUCUGACUGGUAUGUGCGAGGUUCCGUCAACUGGAUACCUUUAUCGCCCAAGUGUCAAUCGAUGGGUCCCGUUCUGACUGCCGAACUUGAUCUGGUGACAUUUGCUAGCAAUACAUGACC